AUGUCAUCCUACGACAAGUCCCGCGCCUCCUCUGGCGGGAAGGCCACAUCGUUCUUCCAUCGGUCCAAAAACAAAACCGACAAGCGGAGCACGGCCGACGACGGCCGCAACCUGUCAGCCGACACCGACGCCGCCAGUUCUGUGAACUCGCGCCAUUCACGCCACCAACGAGACUCGUCCGUCGUAUCAAUAGACCGUCCCAGCUCCGCAGAGUCAGGCAUCAACAUGAUGGCCGGCGUCAUGACCACCAUUCCGUACGACGCCGUCGCCGCGGACGGGCGCUCGCCUGUUCCUGUCGAUUACCUCCCCAAAGGCGAUCAGAUAGUCUAUCGAAGAGAGCCGCUGCCGCACCAGCUGAACAAGGCAACAAACGACUUCCACCAGUAUCCGAGCUUUGACCCAUCCACCGUGCGUCCAUCAAGUCCCUACCUCUCUGGCCCGCGCCCCCCACCCGCAGGGUCCAACAUCACAAUGGCGUCGACCGGCCGCCAGGCCCAGUACCAACAAUGGGGCCCCCCGAGAGAGAGCAGCCUGUCUGGAUCCUACAAUUCCCGGUACAAUUCAUAUGUGACGUCCGGGGGGCGCAGUUCAGGAGACAACUCGAGCAUCAUGUCAGGUAAUGGAGGAUCCUACUUUGACCCGGCCGCAGCCCAUCGCUCAUCCAAAGUAGCACUGCCUAGUGCCUCGUCUCAGUCCUCGUACUUGUCACCCCACUCGCCCAGGGAGAACCGCCUCACCAAAUUCCCUUCUGCGUACCAGACGAGCGAGGGCUUCUAUUUCCCGAAGCCCGACGACGACAACGUGAUCGAGCAGAUGUUCCUGGAGCUCAUGCAAAAGCGAGGAUGGAAUAACCUCCCGGACCAAGCCAAGCGGCAGAUGAUGGCGUAUCCGUCGACCAAAAAAUGGACUCUGAUCCACCAGGAUCGCCUCACGGAGUGGCAGGGCGAACAGAAGCGCAGGCAGACCGCCAAGAUUGGCCAAUACGGCAAUGUGGACCUCGCCCACCUACCGGACGAGGAGGGCAGCCCCGAAUGGUAUGUGCGCAAGGUUAUGGAGAACGCGCUCGACAGCAAACUUCUGGGGAGUUUGGAGGUCAACCUACGGACGCAGCAAAUCGGCUGGGUCAGGCGCUUCAUCGAGUGCCAAGGUCAGGUGGCGCUCACCAACGUCCUCAUGAAACUCAAUCGCCGGGCCGGCCUGGGCCCGGCGCCAGACUCGGGCAAGGGGGAUAAGAACCUGGACCGCGAGUACGACAUCAUCAAGUGUUUGAAGGCCUUGAUGAACAACAAGUUCGGCGCGGACGAUGCCCUGGCCCAUCAGCAGGUCCUUGUAGCCUUGGCCACGUCUCUUAUCUCGCCCCGACUCACGACGAGGAAGCUGGUCAGCGAAGUCUUGACCUUCCUCUGCCACUGGGACGAUGGCAAGGGUCACCUGAAGGUGAUCGAAGCCAUGGAUGUCGUCAAGAAUCAGCAGGGCGAGAACGGCCGCUUCGACGCUUGGAUGCGCCUUGUCGAGGUUACCAUCGAUGGCCGUGGGAAGAUGGGCAGCCUUGUGGGCGCAAGCGAGGAAAUGCGCAGCGGUGGCAUCGGCAUGGAGAACCUGUUGAUGGAGUAUGCCGUGGCGACGCUCAUCUUGGUCAACAUGUUGAUUGAUGCUGCCGAGAAGGACCUCCAGAUGCGCGUGCACAUCAGGGCGCAGUUUACAGCGUGCGGUAUCAAGCGCAUGCUGAACAAGAUGGAGGCCUUCCAGUAUGAACUCAUUGACAAGCAGAUCGAGCGGUUCCGGACCAACGAGGCCAUCGACUACGAGGAUAUGCUCGAGCGGGAGAACAGCAGCAUCAAGGACAGCGUGGAAGGCGAGGUCAGGGACCUCAACGAUCCGGUCCAGAUCGUAGAUGCGAUCCAGCAACGGCUAAAGGGCACCAAGACCCAGGACUACUUCGUCUCCGCUCUGCAGCAUCUGCUCUUGAUCAGAGACAACGACAGCGAGGAGCGCCUGCGCAUGUUCCAGCUGGUCGACUCGAUGUUGAGCUACGUGGCCAUGGACCGCCGUUUGCCCGACAUGGAUCUCAAGCAGAGCCUCAACUUCACCGUGCAGAGCUUACUCGACAAGCUGCACACCGACUCGGAAGCUCGUCAGGCGUUUGAGGAAGCUACCGAGACGCGGCGGAUUGCCGAGGCGGCAAUGGCGGAAAGGGAUGAGCUCCGGGAGAAGAUGGCUCUGGGUGCUGACGGGUUGGUUGCCAAACUGCAAAAGCAGAUCGAUGAGCAGACGAGGUUUAUAGACGCGCAGAGGAGACAGGUUGAAGGCCUGAAGUCGGAGCUGGAGAGCCUGCAGACGCUCAGGGCAAAGGAGGCGCAGCGGUACGAGCUCGAGACGCGCGAGCUCUAUCUCAUGCUCCGCGACGCACAGGAUGUGGCGGCCUCUAAUGCUGCGAAGGGGACCAAGUUGGGUGACGAGGACCCUGUCCGUAUGCAGGGGAUCCUCGAUCGAGAAAAGCUCAUGGAGCGCCUCCAAAUGCAACUCGAACGGCAGAAAACCGUGUACAAGCUCGAAGGCAAAGUCUGGGGCGAGGCGAUUGGGCCUUCGGACAGGCUCCGCGCGCUGCGGGAGGAAAUGGACGGCUAUGGGGAUUCAGGCCCCGGCGCCGGCGGUCCGCCCAGGGACUUCACCAAUACCAUGCUUGGAAGCGUCAAGAGGUCAACCCGCGUCCCGAGAAAGCCUGUCAGCUCCCGUGAAAAGCCAGCGGAGGGCGCCUUGGAGGAAGAGGCCGAGGAUGCAGCCGAAGAUGAGGAAGGGGUCAUCUACGAAAGGCCUCGGCUGGUCGAAAUCAAGCGGCCCGUCUUGGAUCCUAAGCAGGCUGCAGGCAUGUUCAACGAGCUCCAAGACAAGGUUAAGAAAUACGAUGCCAGCGAUUCGGAGGAGGGCGAUGGCGUUACCACCGGGCCAUCUCACCCGAGUCUGGAGUCGCAGCCUCCUCUCACGCCAAGCGACAACGAGCCUCCCAAAAUCCAGGUCACCGACACCACUCCGUCUGCCUCAGGCGGGGCGCCACCGCCGCCUCCGCCGCCGCCGCCGCCUCCCCCAUUACCAGGCCAGAUCCCGGGGGCGCCUCCGCCGGCACCCGGAUUGGCAGGGGGGCCACCUCCUCCCCCACCGCCCCCUCUACCCGGCAAACUCCCUGGGGCGCCGCCUCCGGCCGGGGGAGCUCCACCGCCGCCUCCACCUCCGAUGCCGGGCAAGCUUCCUGGCGCACCUCCGCCAAUUGGCGGCGGACCACCGCCGCCGCCGCUGCCUCCCCAUUUGCCGGGAGCCAAAGGCAUGGCGCCGCCGCCGGCCCCCCCUUUACCUGGGCCGGGCGCAAUGUCAGGUCACUUCUUAUCCCGGCAGCAGGAACAUAUCACACCCACUCCGUCCCUCGGCUUAUCUGUUGUCCGGCCUAAGAAGAAGCUCAAGGCCCUCCACUGGGAGAAGGUCGAUUCCCCGCUUGCGACUCAUUGGGCUGCCCACACCCCGUCGGCAGAGGAGAGGGAAGAGAAGUAUCUGGAGCUCAGCCGAAAGGGUAUUCUUGACGAGGUCGAGAAGCUGUUCAUGGCAAAGGAGAUCAAACAGCUCGGUCAAGGGGCGACGAAGAAGGACGACAAGAAGCAGAUCAUCUCGAACGAUCUGCGGAAAGCCUUCGAAAUCGCUCUCUCCAAAUUCUCGCAGUACUCGGUUGAAAAGGUGGUGCAGAUGAUCAUCCACUGUGACAGCGAAGUGCUCGACAACCCGGUGGUUAUGGACUUCUUGCAGAAGGAGGACCUCUGCAAUAUCCCCGACAACAUUUCAAAGCAGCUGGCGCCGUAUAGCAAGGACUGGACGGGCCCGGCAGCCGACCAGGAGAACCGAGAGCAAGACCCCUCGGAGCUCACUCGACAGGAUCAGAUCUACCUGCACACUGCGUUUGAACUGCACCACUACUGGAAGAGCAGGAUGCGGGCUCUGUCGUUGACGCGGAGCUUCGAAGCCGACUAUGACGAGAUCACGGACAAGAUGCGCCAGGUAGUCAGUGUAUCCGAAUCUUUACGGGACUCGGUGUCUCUGAUGAACGUCCUCGGCCUCAUUUUGGAUAUUGGCAACUACAUGAACGACGCGAACAAGCAGGCGCGCGGCUUCAAGCUAUCUUCACUUGGCAGGUUGGCUAUGGUUAAAGACGACAAGAAUCAGUCGACGUUGGCCGAUCUCGUCGAACGCAUUGUCCGGAAUCAGUAUCCGGAGUGGGAGCAUUUCACGGACGACAUCUCGGGCGUGAUAACCGCGCAGAAGAUCAACAUCGAGCAGCUGCAGGCGGACGCGAAGAAGUACAUUGACAACGUCAACAGCGUGCAGAGGGCGCUCGACUCGGGCAGCCUGUCGGACGCCAAGAAAUUCCACCCGCAAGACCGCGUCGCCCAGAUCGUGGGGCGGUGCAUGAAAGACGCGCGGCGCAAGGCGGAGCAGAUGGAGGUCUACCUGGAGGAAAUGGUCCGCACGUACAACGACAUCAUGAUCUUCUACGGCGAGGACCCGACCGACGAGAACGCGCGGCGCGACUUCUUCGCCAAGUUGGCGUCGUUCAUUACCGAGUGGAAGAAGUCGCGCACGAAGAACCUCCAGAUGGAGGAGCAGCGGCGGAAGAACGAGGCGUCCAUGAAGCGCAAGAACGCGUUGAAGGCCGCGCAGGCCGCGACGGAGGGUAACCCGGCCUCCCCGACCAGCACGGGCGCCAUGGACAGCCUGCUGGAGAAGCUCCGCGCGGCGGCGCCGCAGGCCAGAGAUCAGCGCGACAGACGCAGACGGGCGCGUCUCAAGGACCGCCACCAAGUGCGCAUCGCAUCGGGCCAAAAGAUCCCCGACCUCACCCAGAUACCCUCGGUCGAGGCAGAGCUCCAAAACACUCAGAACCCUGGCCCAGAAGCCUCGGGCGCCGGCGGCGACGAGGACGGCAACAUCAAGACACCAGCCUCCGACCUCCUCAGCCCGACGAAAGACCAAGCCGGCGACGGCGGCUCCGGCGCAGCGGGAGACCCUGCGGCGGUCGCGGCGGCAGACGGCGGACGAGGAACGGAGAAUGAGACGGCGCCGACGCGAGCUCGCGCAGUCGAGCGCCAGCAAUGGCGACCCGAGCUUGAGCGGCGGCGAGGGCUCGACGGUCGGCGGGGACCCGAGCGCGGGGGAUGUGCCGCCGACGCCGGGCCCGGAUGAGAUGGCUGCAGCGGUGGCCGCGGCGGGGAUUGAGAUGGCUAUGCGCUCGCCGGUGGAAGGAACAAAUGCGGGUAGUUGAUGCGAAGGGUGGUUUGGUGUCCUGCUGUUUCCCUCCCCAAGGCCAUAAGGGGAAUGGGGGUUUGUUGAUGUGUAAACAAGAGGAGGAAGUAUACCCCAAGCAUAUACACUACGUAAUGUCUACUUGGGUUGUGUUUAUGCUG